UAAAUGACCUUGAAACGAGGCUCUUCCAACCGUGCCGCCCGUCCAUCCACCACCCUAGCUAGAAAAUGGAAUUCUUCAGUUUGAAGAUGAUCACUCUCAUUCAUUUCCAUCUCCUUCUCUUCACUUUCUUCUGCUGCAAUCUGAGAGCCACUUCUGCACAGUUGAUUCCAAACGGCCCGUUACAAGAUGUACCGUGUGCACUAAUAAAUUGUGGGGAAGGGACAUGCAAGGCCUCUAAUGCUUCAACGCUAAUUGGUUUCGACUGCGAGUGUAAUCCUGGUUGGAAGAAAACGCAGAUCGGUCCUUUGACUUUCCCCUCUUGUGUUGUUCCUAACUGCACAGUUGAUUUUCAAUGUGGGAAGGGGUCAACAUCACCACCACCAGCUCCUCUCGUUCCACUUCCACCCCCUCUAAAUUUGCCUAACCCUUGUGCUCUCGUUUGGUGCGGCGAUGGAACUUGCGUAAGCAAUGGAACUGCAUACACAUGCGAAUGUAAUGAAGGCUCCCAGAAUUUGUUGAAUUUAAAAGGCAGAGCUUGUUUUAAGCAAUGCUACUGGGGAGCAGAUUGUAAUAGUCUGGGGUUCGGCCCAGCACCCACUCCUCCUGCCUCGCCGAGAAGUACUGGACCUCCUGGCUUAAAAGGGGGAUCUAGUGAAGCACCAAUUUGCUUGAGGAGUCUCCACGCACUAACCACAGUAAUGUUGGCCCUGAUCUUUCUAUGUUGGACCUAAGCGGGGAGCAAGAAGAGUCAAGACGUUGAACACAAUGAUCAUAGAGAUAAGAAUAAUGAUCUGAUUUUUAUACGCCAAUAUAUAUACACACAAUCUUUUGUUUUUGGCAAUAAUUAUAACACGUGCGCGCGAUUCUAGCGGCCACUAGCUAGCGACAGUACGUUCUAUAUAAUAUUAAACAAAUUAAAACAUUAUCUUUCUAGUCGAUCUUCUUGUCUUUUUUGAGGAUGUUUUCCAAUCUCAUCAUGUGCUUCUCGACCCAAAAAUUUAUAAAGUGGACUACGUUUUUGUA